AUGACCACACGCGUCGUCCUCGCCCGUUCCCUCCGCCCAGCCGUCCGCCGCGCCACUGGCGUGCGCGCGCUCGGGACCCCGCGCGCGUUCACGAGCUACAACGGACCCGUCGCGGGCCUCACGCCCGAGCAGGAGGAGUUCCGUGACAACGUCGCCAACUUUGCCCAAAAGGAGAUUGCGCCGCGCGCGGCUGAGAUUGACAAGAAGAACAAGAUGCCCGCUGACCUCUUCCCCAAGAUGGGCGACAUGGGACUGCUGGGUGUCACUGUCCCCGAGGAGCUGGGUGGUCUUGGUCUCGGAUACCUCGAGCACACGAUCGCAAUGGAGGAGAUCUCGCGUGCCAGCGCAUCCGUCGGCCUCAGCUACGGCGCCCACUCCAACCUCAUGGUCAACCAGCUGCGCCGUAACGGUUCCGAACCCCAGAUUGCAAAGUACCUCCCCAAGCUGCUCACGGGCGAGCAUGUCGGUUCGCUGGCCAUGUCCGAGCCCAACGCCGGCUCGGACGUGGUCUCGAUGCGCACGCGCGCCGAGCUCGACAAGAGCCACGACAAGUACAUUAUGAACGGGUCCAAGUGCUGGAUCACAAACUCGCCCAUUGCGUCGACGUUUUUGAUCUAUGCAAAGUCUGAAAAGGACGCAAAGCCGUCAAAGGCCAUUACGGCGUUCCUCGUGGAGAAGGGUAUGCCUGGGUUCACGGUCGGCGAGCCGCUGGACAAGUUUGGUUCCCCACCCCCGUCAGCUACCAUUGCUGCGUCCAACCAGCUGACAGUAACCCCUCUCUUCCAGAUGCGCGGCUCGCCCACUGCCGAGAUCUUCUUUGACAACGUCGAGGUGCCCGCCGAAAACGUCAUUGGCGGCGUGGGCAACGGAGCAAAGGUCCUCAUGUCCGGCCUCGACUAUGAGCGCCUCGUCCUGUCCGGCGGUCCCCUGGGCAUCAUGCAGGCCGCGCUCGACAUGACCCUGGGCUACACGCACGAGAGGGAGCAGUUUGGCCAGAAGAUUGGCACGUUCCAGCUCAUGCAGGGCAAGCUGGCCGACAUGUACACCAAGCUCUCGGCAUCCCGCGCGUACGUGUACGCCGUCGCGCGCGCCGCCGACGCCGGCAAGGUGUCGCGCGAGGACUGCGCCGGCGCGAUCCUGUACGUCUCGGACCGCUGUGUCGAGGUCGCCAUGGACGCGCAGCAGUGCUUUGGCGGAAACGGCUACAUUAACGACUACGAGGUCGGCCGCCUGCUCCGCGAUUCGCGCCUGUACACUGUCGGCGCGGGCACGCAGGAGAUCCGCCGUGCGCUUAUUGGGCGUAUGUUCAACGAGGCGAUUGCAAAGGGCCAGGACCACCUCUGA